UGCUACGAGUCGGCGCUUCAUAGGCGCGUAUCGGAUCUGCGAUGAGCUGUCCGUGGUGCUGAAGCGGAUCGACCGGAGGAGCGCGGCAGCAGCAGCAGAGAGCCGACAGCUAUAGUCCCGCAGCGCUUCAGCUCAGCACGUCCGGGCAGGUGUCGGGCUCCAGUCUGAAGAUGAGUGGCCGGACGAGCUGAGAAGACGAGUCGACUGGCACAUUCCGAGGGCACGAUGCUGCCCAACAACUCGUCCAGACAUCUGAACAUAGACGACGGGUUUUAUUCGCUAAACAGCUCGGGGAACGAGACGCAGAGCGGCGACUCUCACGGCAGUGCCAUCCUAAUCUCCUUCAUCUAUUCGGUGGUUUGUCUGGUCGGGCUAUGCGGGAAUUCCAUGGUAAUUUAUGUCAUCUUGCGCUACGCAAAAAUGAAGACAGCCACGAACAUUUACAUCCUCAAUCUGGCAGUCGCGGACGAGCUGCUGAUGCUCAGCGUGCCGUUUCUGGUGACCUCGUCGCUGCUGCACCACUGGCCCUUUGGAUCACUGCUGUGUCGCCUUGUCCUCAGCGUAGAUGCCAUCAACAUGUUUACGAGUAUUUACUGCCUUACGGUUCUCAGUAUAGAUCGCUAUAUUGCCGUGGUGCACCCGAUCAAAGCCGCCCGAUACAGGAGACCCACUAUAGCAAAGAUGGUCAACUUGGGGGUAUGGAUAUUCUCUAUCAUGGUCAUUUUGCCAAUUAUCAUUUUUUCCACAACUACACCGAACUCGGAUGGCUCAGUCGCGUGCAACAUGCAGAUGCCUAAACCCGAGCGCCAGUGGAUGGCCGUGUUUGUGAUUUACACUUUUUUAAUGGGCUUUCUGUUUCCUGUCGUUGCCAUCUGUAUGUGCUACGUCCUCAUCAUAGUUAAAAUGAGAGUGGUGGCACUCAAGGCAGGCUGGCAGCAGCGCAAGAAGUCGGAAAGAAAGAUCACCCUGAUGGUCAUGAUGGUGGUGACCGUGUUUGUCAUCUGCUGGAUGCCUUUCUACAUCGUUCAGCUGCUGAACGUCUUCGUGGGGCAGCACAAUGCCACCGUCAGCCAACUUUCUGUCAUACUGGGCUAUGCCAACAGCUGUGCCAAUCCAAUCCUCUACGGAUUUCUCUCGGACAAUUUCAAGAGGUCAUUCCAAAGGAUUUUGUGUUUGAGUUGGAUGGACAAUGCGACCGAGGAGCCCAUCGAUUACUACGCGACCGCCCUGAAAAGCCGAGCCUACAGUGUGGACGACUUUCAGCCGGACAAUCUGGAGUCGGAUAGCAUGUACAGGAACGGCACGUGCACCUCAAGGACUACCACUCUGUGACGAUCGGACACCAGAGAAGAGAAAGAAGAACAGCAAAUGUGAAGUGCACCCCAAAAGCGAACGCCUACUAAUGCUUGUUUGACUGUGUGUCUGCCGCUUUAAUGUCAUUAAAUUUGCACAAACGACACGCUUUUAGUGUCGUGGCUCUGCAGUUUACCAAAAUCUUAACCAGCCUAGUUGUGUUUUUUAUCUUUAUACUGAAAUAAUAAGGAAAAGGGACCUCGAAUGACGGAUAAAAUACUUUCGAAGAUUUGGGUACAAGUCAAUACGGGAACACAGGGAAAAAAAAUUAUAAUGACAUCACUUCAAAUGUCGCGGUCACAUCUGCUAGUCUG